AUGAUGGAGUCUAAUGAUGGGCGGGGUGAUUCUAAGGGAUCAAAAGAAAAGAGUCCAUCCUUGCGUUUGGCCUACCGGUCCGCCGACACGAGAACUCAACCACUCUCCCAUAUUUUCAUUCACCAGGGUAGUUUUGAGACGAUUCCAGAAACUAUUCGUAUACGUCGCAUACCUGCCUCAUUGGAAGCAGUGGAUAUACCAGCUUCUGUACUGCGAAUUCAUGCGGGUAACUUUGUAAAGUUGAAGUCGUUCUUGAGAGAAUUGAUGUUCCCGUCCGAAACACCGCUACUGGAAGAAAUUGGCAGCAAAACAUUCUUUCGCUUCACAAGGCUGACGCGUGUCAUCUUUCUUGGUACAGUAAGAGCGGUAUCGCCCGUUCGACUGGUCAUUGGGGACAGUGCCUUUGAAUCAUGCUAUCGUCUGGAUACAUUGUGCCUGCCUCCUACAGUCCAUACAUUGGGAGCACAAGCCUUGGCCAAUUGCCGGAUUUUGACAAGCGUGCAUCUUCCAGAACAAUUACGAGUGCUGGGUCCGAGAGUGAUGAAGGGAUGUGUCAAUUUGGAAUCCAUUCGAAUCCCUCCACACAUAGCAAAGAUUCCAUAUGGCGCCUUUGAGAAUUGUCGCAAGCUUGGGAUUGUAGAGUUUGCGUCCUCGGGAACGCUGAAGUCUAUCGAACCCCAAGCGUUUUCGGGUUGUAAAAAGCUGCCAAAUGUCUCUCUCCCUGCUUCUGUUUCUGUUGUCAAGCGCCAUGCCUUUUACCGGUGCACCAAGCUGGUAUCUGUGGAGCUAUCCGAAACAACGGCCUUCAAUCCAUCUGCGUUUUCACAAUGUCUCUAUUUGGUCAAUCUCAAACUAACGACGGCAAGGGCGGCCUUACCUUUAUCUAAUGAUAUUUAUUGCUUGGAGGAGGUACGCGCCACAACACAAUCCGAUGGGUUAUUGAUGGAUUGUGAACGGAUGCAACAAGUCUAUGUGGAUGGUGAUUGGAAUGGCGGUGAUUCGAUUAUCGAACGAAACAAGACGAUGAGUGACAUACUAGUACAAAAGCUGAUUCAUAGAUGGGACGAUCUACCGAUUCAUCGUCUCUGUUACUAUCAGGCACACCACCCACCAGAAGAGACUGCCAGAGCCAUGCAAGAGGCACAGCGACUCAUUCGUUGUCAACGGUCCCAUCAGCAACAAUUCCAACCCUUUGAUGAAUUUGGCCUGUCGCCCUUUCACGUUUUGGCCAUGUCCACCCACCCAAAGUAUCCUAUCUGUGCCCAGCUGAUGCGGUUGUACUCGGUCCAUGUGCUAUUUGCCAAGAAUCCUUGGGGCAUGCGGCCCGCCACUUGUGCCUUUCGAAACCCUCACAUGGACUACACCACGGCUGUUCAACAGUACAUUCGGGCGAUUGUAUCGGUGCGGGUCCCUCAAUUGAAAUCUAAGAAUUGGAGAAUGUACAUUUAUCAGCUACUGGAAGUAAUUAGUCCUGAGGAGUUUUCCAUCCGGAGCCUACACCUCGUGCGAUUGCAGCUAAGACUGACAAGGUCGGAACAAAUAGAGAGUUUGGCGAUACUGGAGCACGCCGUUUGGAAGGCCAAACUCUUGGAAGCAAAGGACGACGAAUUUUGUUGCAAAGAGUCACCGACAGUAGAUGAUAAUUUGUCGCCACUGGCAAAACGGAAACGAAUCGAACCGGAUAGUCGAAGAAAUGCAGAGGACCGACGAGAAGCUUGUCGAACUUUUUGCGGCUCAAACGUCAUAAUCUUCCGAGUGUUGCCGUUUCUUGAGAAUUAG